CAGCAGUGCUCGCACGGAGAGCCACACGCUCCUCCGUCCACUGGCUACCGCUGUUCACCAGCUCGCUCGUAACCAGGUCAUCGCAAACCCACGGUGUCUUGUGGAGUUUGCUGGAGUCUGGUGGAGUCUGGUGGAGUCUGGUGGAGUUUGGUGGAGUUUGCUCAAGUUCGGUGGAGUCUGGUGGAGUCUGGUGGAGUUCGCUGGAGUUUGGUGAAGUCUGGUGGAGUCUGGUGGAGUUCGCUGGAGUUUGGUGAAGUCUGGUGGAGUCUGCUGGAGUUCGCUGGAUUUUGCUGGAGUUUGGUGGAGUUUUGUGGCGUUUGCUCGAGUUUGGUGGAGUUCGCUGGAGUUUGGUGGAGUUCGCUGGAGUCUGCUGGAGUCUGCUGGAGUUUGCUCAAGUUCGGUGGCGUGGGUGAGAUCAGCAGCUUCUCUCCAUGGCGUCCCAGUGCUACAACAGGGGCUGCGGAAAGACGUUUGAACCAUCAGAGAAUGGAGAGGGUGCGUGCUCAUACCACCCCGGCAGAGCCAUCUUCCACGACGCCUUGAAGGGCUGGUCGUGCUGCAAGAAGAGAACCUGCGACUUCUCCGAGUUCCUCGGCAUCCCCGGCUGUACGCGCGGCCGCCACAGCUCGGAGAAGCCGGUGGAGGAGGCGAAGGAGGAGGAGGCGACGAGGGAUGGAGCGGAGGUGACCGGGCGGGGCGGAGAGUCCGCCGAGUCGACGUCGAUGCCCGCCCCGAGGAAGGAGCUGAUCUUCCGCGGCCCCCCUCCGGCCAAGAACAAGGCCCCCCGCCCCAGUGGGGACGCCCCUCUCAGCGCCCUCCCCGUCGCCGUCUCCGCGUCCCUGCGGCGGGCGCUGCAGGAGGCCGGCGACGCUCGCGCCGCUGCGGCCCACGCCACCAACGGCGACAGUGGCGUGGCCACGCUCGUGAAGGUCGGAACGUCCUGCAAGAACGGCGGCUGCAAAGCGACGUACAGAGACGGCGCAUCGUCCAACACGGAGCCGUGCAUUCACCACCCCGGGGUGCCGGUUUUCCACGAGGGCAUGAAGUUCUGGUCGUGCUGCGAGCGGCGCACGACGGAGUUCUCCAGCUUCCUGGCACAAGUCGGGUGCAGCCACGGCAGCCACCGCUGGGCCGACUCCACACAGGAGAAGCGGUCUGCUGAGUGCCGUUUCGAUUGGCACCAGACGGCUCGCGACGUGGUGCUGAGCAUCUACGCACGCGACGCUCAGCCCCUUCUCUCCAGCGCACACGCCAACCCCACCACGCUUGAGGUGACGUUGGUGUUUGACGAAGGCAAGAAGUUUGUGAGGAGGUUCCAGCUCUAUGGGACGGUUGACAUGGAGCACUGCACGAUGGGAAUGGCCCCCACCAAGGUGGAGGUGACUCUUCGCAAGGCCGAGGCCUACCACUGGGCCAACCUGGAGCACCCGUCCGCCAAUCAGAGCGCCGCGGGGGCGGAGCAACCGUACAAUCGGACGCAGGUGGACAUCGUGAAACCGGGUGGUGAGCCGGCCCGGGAACCGGCGGCGCCGGCCUGGGGGAACGCGGACGGUGAGAGGGAGCGCGACCGCCGUAACGACGGCGACGGUGAGAGGGACGACGACGACGGUGAGAGGGACGACGAAGAGAGCCUGGGCCUCUCCGACGACGACUACGACUCUGAGUGGGAGCGCGAGUUUGGGGAGGAGAACGGCGACGCGGCCCCCGAGGCAUCCGAGGGGCCCACCGUGCCCACCGUGCCCACAGCGCCCACAGCGUCCACAGCGCCCACCGUGCCCACUGCACCGACACCACCCACCACGCCCACACCACCCACACCACCCACACCACCCACACCGCCCACAGCACCGACACCACCCACCGUGCCCACCGUGCCCACCGUGCCCACCGCGUGGACCUACGACGGAGCUCCUGACCCCGAGGCCGACUUUAGCGAGCUCCCCGAACUCGAGGACUGAUGAGGUCACGGGACGGAGGACAGCCUCGCGCGGAGUUCAGAGUUCGCGAUCACGCCACGUGCCCUGCGGGAGCGAGGCGCCACGGCUCCGGGAUUAUUUACGCGAAAGUGUUUGGCAGCCUUAAUAAGGCUCGGAUGAUUAGGCAGGACUGCCGUGAGUGUUUUGUUUUUGAUUAACGUUCGUGGAAAUGUUUAUUUAGACCUGUUAAGGCCCCACUGAGCUAUGGAUCUCUUUUUCAGAAGCGACCUGGCUGUCGCAAAAUGAUAGCUCAACGAAAGUGGCUUGUCGCGUGAAAAUUUGUAGCGGCCUAAUACUCCCAACGCGUGACGUUGAUUCUAAAUGUGAAGGGGAAAAACCGUAGAAAAAUCCAUUCGACCACGGGGAGAGAGAAACAUGGAAACUCCAAAUAUACAGCAGCAGGCAUCGUCAGGGUUGGGAUUGAACCCACGACCUCCUGUAUACCAGGCGAGGUAGUUAACAUCUCCUAGCCACCGUGAUGCCCCGAAGUCUGAAGCGAGGGUAAUGAGGCCCAUUGCUACGUUGAGCUCCCUCAAUAUUGAAUCGUGACCCCUGGUAGUGGCUGCUAGAGCGGAGUGCUCGAAGUUGACGACGUUGUCUUGGUUGGAAGUUUCUGGCCGAGAUCUUCGUUUAGUCGUAUCUUAGCGUCAUCUUAGUUUUGUCAGAACUUCGUUUAGACGUAUCUUCGUUUGUGGUAAUCUCGGGCUAGUAUCAAACAGGUUUCGCCAAGGAAAAUAACGACGCAAGAUGAAUUUAAAAAUGAGCAGCGCUCAUAACGGCGUGCAGCAAGAGGGACGCGACACGGCCACCAGCACCACCAGUACCACCCACCAGCACCCCCCACCAGCACCACCAGUACCACCCACCAGCACCACCAGCACCAGGACCACCCACCAGCACCACCAGCACCACCAGUAC